AUGCUGCUCCAAAACAACAGAACCGGCUCCAUGCUGUCCAUUUCCAAGACCUCUGGCACCCGUUCUCGAAGCAACUCGGCAGCAAACGACGAAACAGACGAUCCCUUCGCUGGAUUGUCGUUUUCGGUGGGAGUGGCUGAGAACAAAAAUGUCACCUACCGGUCCAAAAUGGAAGAUGUCCACACAUAUGUGGCUAACUUUGCCGAAAAACUCGACUGGGGCUACUUUGCUAUCUUCGAUGGCCACGCAGGCAAGCUGACAGCUCGUUGGUGUGGAAAUAAUCUACACACCAUCUUGGAGCAGGAAAUUCUACAUGGUGAACUUUCGACGACGGCGUCUCCUGUGGACCCAGAAGACAACGAUCUGGACAUAAGUGACUUGCCCACCCCACAAAAAGAUCGUUUGGAUCCUCCAGUGCUUUCUGACAUGCAAGAAAAUCUCUAUCAGGCGUUUCUCCGUGCCGACACCUUGAAUGAAAAAGAGGGUAAUGGGCUGUCUGGAAGUACCGCUGCGGUUGCCGUGCUUCGAUGGGAAGCCAAUCGACAUUCUCCACAAGAAAAACCGGAACAACUGCAAAGCAAAACAGAGAAGAAAAACCAUCCAUACGACUUUGUACCCACAAACCACAAACGAGUACUUUAUACUUCCAAUGUGGGAGACCUGCGGAUUGUUCUCUGUCGUCUGGGCCACCCCUAUCGCCUAUCGUACGACCACAAGGCCACGGAUCUCAAUGAAAUAGAACGUAUCAAGAAUGCUCGGGGACUAGUCAUGAAGAACAGAGUCAACGGAGUGCUCGCCGUUUCUCGCUCCCUCGGCGACUCCUACAUGAAAGACUUGGUUAUAGGAGUGCCAUUCACCACCGCAACGGAAAUUACGCAAAACGACGAGUUCAUGAUAUUGGCAUGCGACGGAGUGUGGGACGUAAUAUCGGACGCUGCUGCGUGUAAAACGGUAUCACAAGUUUUGCACGAAUCCAACAAUAAUGCUCAACUCGCGGCUCUGCGUCUCUGCCAGCAGGCUAUAGACAACUCCACUACAGACAAUGUUACCGUCAUGGUGGUGCGGUUUCACAGUGGUGUAUUCAACUGCUAA